AUUUAUAGGAUCCAUUUACACAAGCUGUGGCUCACAACUGAAGAGAUGGAAGUGUACACGUUCAGUGCCAGGCCUCUGCCUUUAUCCACAUCAAUGGGGGUGGUGGGUGUUCCAGUAAAGAGAACCGUGGCACCUACCAAACCGAAACCCUUCAACCUGUUGGCUGACCAACGGGUGGCCAUUAAAGCUGAGCGAAGAAAGCAGAUGAUAAAAGCGGAUCAAAAGAGAUGGAGGGAGGCAGCCACCUUCAGAGCAAGACCAAACAUCGUUACCUUUAGAGAACCCUUCAGGCCUAGGAUAGAGAAUCAUGCCAGCCAAGUGAAUUUUGACCAGCUGAAGAGGACAAGGGAAGCCCUCAGAGCCGUCAUGGAGCAGGAAAGGCUCUGGGAGGAGAAGCAGAUGGAGAAAGUGGCUGUUGCCAAACUUCGUCGAGAACAGGUUCACAAGGCCCAACCUAUCAGAUGCUACAGAGAACUGGAGCCAAAAGCUGAGAUUCAGAUUACUGUACCUCAGUCGCCUCGCUUUUUACACUGAAGACAUAAGCAUAUGUAUAACAUGUUUGUUUAUUGUUUUG